CGCCGUUGGAGGCGAAGCGUUUCGGGUUGUACAUUCCACAGGUGGGCAGCGUUCGUUACAACAGACGCGUCUACUCAGUACCCACCACAAUACCACUAUCUAUUGUUACUACCUGCCGCCGGGACGACGCGCGACGUUUGUGACGAUUUUUUAACUCUAAUAUUAAACGCAUCCAUUUGGCGUUUGAUCGAUUUACGUCGUCAACUCACUGUAUUUUAUUCCCUGCACUUCGUCCGCCCGUGCGCGGAGCAAUAACCGCCAUUUUCCGAGAUGAAGAAUGUCUACAGCGUUUUCGUUGUGUUGUGCAUCAACCUCGCUUUUUCUCAGAGGACACCCACAAUAUCUCAUAUAACUCAAAAACCUAUAAAAGAUAUUGGUGGUACAGCAGAGAUGACAUGUUCUGUUUUAUAUGCCAUGGAUUUUCCUGUUUUAUGGGUGAAGGUUGAUAAAGAAAAAAUAACUGAACCUGUCAUGCUUUCAUCUGGAAGUACAUUGAUUAUUAAAGAUUCAAGAUUUUCAUUGAGACAAGACAUUGACAGCACUAGUUACACACUACAGAUUAAGGAUAUUCAAGAAACUGAUGCUGGUUAUUAUCGUUGUCAAGUUUUGCUUGGGUUGAACAACAAAAUAUCUGCUGAUGUUGAGUUAGAAGUGCGUAGACCUCCUAUCAUUUCUGACAACUCAACUAGAUCAUUGGUUGUUAACGAGGGUCAACCAGUAAAACUUGAAUGCUAUGCUGGUGGAUUUCCCAGUCCGAGAGUUUCCUGGAGACGAGAAAAUAAUGCUAUUUUACCCACAGGUGGAUCGAUUUAUAGAGGUAACAUUUUGAAAAUUCCGGUCAUAACAAAAGAAGAUCGCGGAACCUAUUACUGUGUAGCUGAAAAUGGUGUCGGAAAAGGUGCCAGGCGUAAUAUUGCCAUAGAGGUAGAAUUUGCUCCAGUUAUAACUGUUCCUAAACCUCGUUUGGGACAGGCUCUACAAUAUGACAUGGAUCUCGAGUGUCAUGUUGAAGCUUAUCCUCCACCAGCCAUUGUUUGGAUAAAUAAUGGAAUACAAUUAUCCAAUAAUCAACAUUACCGAAUCUCACAUUUUGCUACUGCAGAUGAAUUUACAGAUACUACAAUACGUAUCAUAACAAUUGAAAAACGUCAAUAUGGUGAUUACAUUUGCAAAGCAUCAAAUGUAUUAGGAACUGCUGAAGUUACAGUUAAUCUUUAUGAAACAAUAAUACCAGUAUGCCCACCAGCUUGUGGCCAAUCAUCUUCACACUUAAGAAGCUCCAGCAUCAAAACUGCUAGCGUUAAUGUUUCUUUCUUAAUUGCUACUUACCUAUAUUUUGUUCACCUAUAUUUUUAAAUAAUUCAUCAAUACAGUGGUGUAACCAGAAGGAAUUAAAAACCUAUUCCUGAA